AUGCAUCGAACACAAGAACAACAACUGUUGUCUUCAGAGUUAUUACCAUCAAAUAGUAUGGAAUACAUUGAUGAUGAUGAACAGAACAAUAAUCUUCAACAACAAUCAAUUAAACAGGAAAUACAACCAUUAAAGUGUUCAAAUCCUAUUGUGAAUCGUCAAUCUCUGUUACCAGCUUAUCCAACAUUUGAUCGAUUUGGACCUAUCAAUCGAGAUCAUUUACUUUUAUCUAAUAUUUCUUCUCGAAACUUAACAAAAGAGCAACGACAACGUCGUACUUAUCAUCCAUUUCAUCAACCAUUUACUCUAACUGAUGAAGGUAAUGAUAUUAGUGUUCGAUCACCUUUCUUGGAAGUAUAUGAUGAUUUAUAUGGAAAUUUAACUAAACGUUUUCAAAUUGAUAAUGCCAUUCUUAGUUACAAUUAUGAACGUCUUCGUACUUGUAUGAAUAUUAUGGUACAAGAACGAAUUCGAUACGGUUUACUAGCAUCGGAUACUAUUGGUAUGAAAGAAUUACGAAUGGUUGAAUAUCCAUUAGCAAUGGAAUUUUAUCUACAAAUUGAUGAUGAAUUGUUUUUUAUGAAAACAUGUUCUUUUCGUAAUGCUAAGCCAUCAUUAUACAAUCAUCAUGGUAUCUUCUCUAUCCAUGAACCAAAAGCGCUCUAUGGUCUAAAACCAUGUGAACAAGUUACAUGUCGAUUUUGUUUUCCCAUCACUGAUAUUCUUAUUCGUGGUCGACAAAAUCAACCAGUUGUUCAAUUUUCAUCAGCACAGAAACAUCGUUUUGUCAAUGGAUAUGAAUCUAUUCUCAAUUGUCCAGUGACUUGUAUUACCAAAAAUAUACUCUAUGCAUUGACAUGUCCUUGUGGUCAAUAUGAUUAUAUUGGAUAUACAUCAUUAACAUUGGAUGAACAACUUAAAUAUCAUCGUGAACAUGGUAAUCGAAUUAUGCAUGAAUUUAUUCUUGGUUCAGAAAAUAGUAGUCGUAUGCGACAACAAACUAAAUCACAAGAAGAAUUAAUAGCUGAUAAUAUGUUACUUUAUAAACAUUCAGCUCGGUGUUCAUAUGCUAUGCAAAUGUUUCUGGAUUGUAAUCCGCAAUACUGGUGUUUUGUACCAAUGUCAACAAUGGAAGCACAAACACAAAAUCUUACAUCUGAUUUGUCAAGUGUUUGUACAGCUUUUGAUCGUUCAUUAACUUUUCCAUCGAAUAUUCAUUCAUGUCAUGAUCAAGAAGCUGGUGCAUACAUGACUGAUUUACCUCCAUUACCUUCAGAAAAUCAUACAUUUUCGGUACAUCAACGUUCAAAACAAAUACAAUUAUUAAAAGAUAAACGUGAAUGUCUUAAACCUAAUUUGCAUCUUGAUCUUUACAAUGCUACAAUUAUUGCCUUGAUGCCAGAGGGAUAUACAGAAUUAUUUUAUCGAUUAAUCGAAGCAUUAUUUAUUACACAUGCUCAAACAAAAUUAAAUACAUUGGGUCAUUUAGAUGGUAUGAUUGUUGAAAAUAACAAUUGUAAUGAUAUAAAUGCACGCACAGUGAAUGAUCGUCGUGGUAACUGGUGUCAAAAUCUUGUUCGUCGACCUUCCACGUUGCUAUUUGAUCAAUGA